CAGAAUUUAGGAAGGUAUUUGGGGAGUUUCUGCUCUCUAACAUCUCAGGGGAUCCGAGAUAAGGGCUCUGAGGGCUGAGCUCUAGGGGAGGAGACGAAGGAGGUGCCUGACACUUUUUUAGAAAAAAUGAACAGUUGAAUUCCACUACUUCUUACAAGGUUUUGGCACUUUAUGGAGACAGUUGUCAAGGGAGAAGAGGAGAAAGACACAGAACCCUGGUCUAGAGAGGCACAUAUGUGGAUAGAACCGGGCAGUGUUACCUACCCACUGUCACACCACGGACUCUGCAUUGACCCAUUGUUUUGGAUGUGAGACUGAGGACUAAUUGUGGAGAAACUGCUACUGUACUGGACGACAUGAUGCAGUCAACGGAACCCACCAUGCUGAUUCUGCUACUGACACUGGGAACCAUGGUGACGUGUAGUUUACAACAGGCACAGAGCUCUAUGAACCGUUGUGAUGAGACCGGAGCCGACCAGACCACUACCCCCUGUACGUCGUGUGCUGCCUCCCAGACUCAGCUGUGUCCCAGGGGCUUCAAGAAGUACACCACCCAGUCCAUGGAUACCAACAUGGGCCAAGAUGGUUGCCAGUACUCAGUAACCAUCGCAGGGCAACAGGUGGCGUUGAACGGCUGCAACCACCAAUGUGAGAGGACCGUCACCAUGCCCAAAUGCUGCGCAGACUUCUGGGGUCCUCUGUGUCUGUCCUGUCCUAGCUGGAAUGGGAGAACCUGUAACUGGCACGGAACCUGCAUGGAUGGAAUAUCAGGGAAUGGGUCCUGUGUCUGCAAUGAGGGAUACACAGGCUUUGCCUGCCAGCAGUGUUCCAACAAGAAUUCAUACGGAGACAACUGUAAAUCAGAGUGCGGCUGUGUGAAUGGAGAAUGUAACAACGGUCCUGAUGGGAACGGAGAGUGCUACUGCCAGCCGCCGUACACUGGACCCAGGUGUGAACAAGUCUCUGCUGCCUGUAAGAACUGCAGUGCCUACUCCCACUGUAAAGGAGUGGCAGAGAACUCCGUGUGUCAAUGUCUUCCUGGGUUUCACAAGACUGGAGACCGUUGCUCAGGUUUUUGUUCUGCUAAACAAUGUGAUGUGAAUGCGGACUGUUCUUGGCUGGGGGGGCGGCUGUUCCAGUGCCAGUGUAAGGCAGGUUACAAGGGGGAUGGUCGGAUGUGUGUUCCCAUCAACCCAUGUGACGAGGACAACGGAGGCUGUCCUCGCAAUUCCACUGUCUGUGUCUAUAAUAGUCCUGGCAAGUCUAGAUGUGAUUGUAUGCAUGGUUGGGAGGGCACUACCCCGUCCUCCGGCUGUACCCUGAAGAAUGUAUGUAAUGACACAACCUGCCACCCCAAUGCCGGCUGUGAGACCGGCCUGGACGGAUACCCCAGGUGCUUGUGUAAUGCCCAACAGAUCGGCGAUGGCUACCGUUGUUAUGGCAACCUGAUGGAACGGCUAGUGGAGCUGAACAGGGAGGGGACACACAAGGGGAAGCUCUCUGGAGCCAUCUUGCUAUUUGUGAGAGACUGUAUGCUGACCAUGAGCCAACAGGGACCUUUCACCGCUUUCGUCCCUCUUUCGUCCCUCAUUGUGCCUCUAGCAGGCGUGACCGACGAGUCAGCGUGUCAACGUUACCUGGUGAGGGGUCAGUACCUGUAUAAAAGCCUGGAUAGAACCGACGUCUAUACUGCAAGUGGAAUACAACUCAGGUUCAAGCCCAAUAAGCAAUUCAUGUUGGUGAAGUCUCCUGAGACUCUCUACUCAGUCAUCCAGCAGGACAUCCCAGCAGCCAAUGGGGUUAUCCAUAUCAUCGACCAGCCGAUCAUACCCAGGAAUAUCCUCCCUGACAGCCCAAAGGACGAGCAGUUUGCUGAUAAGACCAUCGGGGAGAUCCUGACAAAGGAUGAGAAAUACAAUCGCUUCCUCUCGCUGGUGGACAACUGUGGGACUACUCUGCCUCUGAGAGGUCCUGGUCCUCUCACUGUGUUCGUCCCGACCAACGAUGCUGUGGACAGGUUCAGAGACGGCAGGCUGAUAUAUAUGCUGUUCCAUGCCCAGAACAAGCUUCAAGAGCUACUGAAACAACAUAUCUACUCCCAGGCUGCGUUGACCGUGGACCAGCUGGCAAGCAUGGGUCUGAUUCAGACUAUGGCCAAUCAGAUCCUACUAGUCAACCUCACCAACGAUGGCCUGGUGCUGCUGGGCGGGAAACCUCUUCAGAUUACUAAUAUUAUGGCAUCCAAUGGAGUGAUCCAUAUGAUUGACGGGGUUCUAGUCCCGCCCUCGAUCGUCCCCAUCCUGCCUAAGAGAUGUGAUGUCACAGAGAACAAAAUCAUCAUGGGCCCGUGUGUGAGGUGCAGCUAUCUCUAUGAGUCACAUUGCCCCGAGGGAAGCAUAGAACUGCAAAGUCACAUGAAGGAUUGUGACUAUCAGGCAUAUCCAUUCAACCCCACGCUCAUUAAAGGUUGUGCUAAAUACUGCAACACUACUAUUCAGAGAGCAGAGUGUUGCAGUGGGUUCUAUGGACCUGAGUGUAAAACGUGUACAGGAGGUUUCCAGACACCCUGUUAUGGCAAAGGCACUUGUUUUGAUGGUAUCCAUGGUAACGGGUCGUGUCGCUGCGAGGAGCUCUUCAAGGGGAUCGCCUGUCACAUCUGUUCUGACCCCAACAAACACGGAGAGAAGUGUGACCAGGAUUGCCACUGUCUCCAUGGUGUGUGUGAUAACCGCCCAGGCAGUAAGGGUGCAUGUAGAGGGGGCUCCUGUCUGGAGGGUUACUCUGGAGACUACUGUGAUAAGGAGGCUAAGGCCUGUAACUCUGAUGGUCUAUCUGAACACUGCCAUGUCCACGCCUUCUGCAGCUUCACCGGCAGCCACACCACGUGUGAGUGUAUGUCGGGGUAUGAAGGAGAUGGACACUCAUGCAUCCUGGUCAACCCCUGCCUGAAGGCUGACAGAGGAGGCUGUGAUGUUAACGCCCAGUGUGAGAACUCAGGGCCAGCUAACGUGUCGUGUGUUUGUAACGAGGGCUGGACAGGAGACGGCCUGAUCUGUACUGAGUUGGACAACUGUCUCCUGGAGACCAGAGGUGGCUGCCAUAAGCAUGCAGACUGCAGGUCUCUAGGACCAGGACAGAGUGAGUGUACCUGUAUAAGGGGUUACAUGGGAGAUGGGACAGUCUGUGAUCUCAUCAACCCUUGUCAGAAAAACAACGGAGGAUGCCAUUCUCUGGCUAAGUGUGAGUCAGUGGAUGGAGAAAACAUCAUCUGUGUCUGUCCAGAAGGGUACCUUGGAGACGGAGUCACAUGCUACGGGACGAUGCUAGAGGAACUGGACAUGAAUACCAAUCUGUAUGGUUUUUACCGCCUGAUACAGAGGUCGUCAGAGUUUGACCUGAGUGGGAAUCUAACGGCUCUGGUACCUUCCAGGGACGUUAUCCGCAAUCUAACCACCUCUGAGCAGGACUUCUGGUUUGGCCGCUACAGGCUCCCAUACCUUCUAAAAGCCCACUUCCUCCAGGGGAUAUUCUCCAUAGAGGACCUGGACAAGCAGAUCAACCAGCGGUUACCCACUCUACACUUGCCUACUACAUGGGAGGUCAAAACUGUUGAUGGGGAAGUUAGGAUAGAGAAUGCAACCAUCCUCACCCCCAACAUCCCUUCUAUCAACGGAUACAUCCACAUCAUUAAUACGGUUCUGUUCCCCCCCUUGUCAGACAUCCCACCAGAACCCCCAGGCCUGAUGCAGUUCCUCAACACCACCCCUACCUUCAGUCUCUUUACACAGGCAGCACUGCUCUACAACCUGACAGAGGAGAUUGAGCCAGACCAUGAUUAUACAACUCCUACUUCCACAGACCAACUCUACACAACUGGUCCGAGAAUACCUGAGCCAGACCAACUCUACAUACCUGGUACAGAUUACCUGAGCCAGACCAACUCUACACAACUGGUAGGUAGAGAUUACCUGAGCCAGACCAACUCUACACAACUGAUAGGUAGAGAUUACCUGAGCCAGACCAACUCUACACAACUGGGUGAAGAAGUAUUGAAAUACCACGUAAUUCUUCAUGAACAGCUGUUCCCGGAUCAUCUGAGGGAUGGGAUGGUGAAGGACACAUUACUUGGGAGGGCCUACCAGAUCAUGUUCCACCUGGGCAAGAACAAUGAGACUUUGGCCAAUGAUGUUCUGCUGGAUGGGAGCCACAGUGAGACGAGAAACGGGGUGAUCCUGGCCGUUCCCCAAGUCUUACAGGUCCAUAAGAACCGAUGCAUUAAAGACGUGAUCCUACGAGUCAGAGGGAGGUGCACAGCCUGUGAUGAGAAACCCAGAUGUUACCUCAGCUACAAGCCAACCAUUAGGGAAUACCCUCAGAACAUGAGGUCUAACUGCAAGUUCAGGAAGAGGGUGGGAUCUAGGAGGAAGUCCGUGGCUGGCUGCAUUGUUGACUGUUUGAAGACGACACAGGACCACUCGUGCUGCCCGGGAUACUUUGGUCACUACUGUUUUAAAUGCCCUGGGGAGCAGGACAACUGGUGCUCAGGGAACGGAAGGUGUAAGGAUGGGAACCUUGGGACUGGGGAGUGUCUUUGUAAGGAGGGUUUCCAUGGGACAGCUUGUGAGACCUGCGAACCGGGACGCUACGGCAAGGACUGCAACUCAGAGGUGAACCUGUGUGCCACUGGGAAUGGAGGCUGCGCUCAGAUUGCCAACUGCACCAAGACGUUACCUGGGGAGAGGACCUGCACCUGUCCAGAAGGAUACACUGGAGACGGGGUGUGGUGUCUAGGUAUGGCGUGUGAUUGA